UCUUGUUCAGCCUGUUCAACUGACACACACACACACACACACACACACACACACACACACACACACACACACACACACACACACACACACACACACACACACACACACACACAUUUUUAGGUUGGUGUUGUUGCCAUGGAAUCACCCCAUUCCCUCCCUCCCGCAGGUGAGGCAUCAGAGUCCACCCAUACAGUGAUGACGUCAUCAGGUGAGCCAGCCAGUUUCCUGUGUGAGAGGUGACCAGCGCUGAGCUGCCUGAAGCCAACAUGUCAGCCGUCACUACACUAUCAAGGACUGCUGCAGGGUCGCAGGGCGGGAGCUGGAGCCUAUUGUAGUUUCGUUAUGCCAGAACGUGAGGAAGACUCGUCAGUGCAGGGGUGCAGUGUUGCCAUGGAGACAAGAGACACUGAUUCAGCAGACCAAAAGGAGGAGCGGGUUGAAGACAAGGAGGAAGAGGAGGAGCGGGAAGAAGACAAGAAGGAAGAGGACACAGGAGGAGGAGUUGGGGAGGAAACGUCAUCCAGAGCGACAGCAGAGCGUCCCAGCACCCUGCCGAUAUCAAUGUCUUGUGGCGUGAAAAAGAAGAGAGUCCUGGCAGCUCCGGCCCUCAGCGUAUCCUUAGGACGCAGCGAGUCGGGCGACUUCCACUCGGCGUUCCUCUCGCCGUCUCCUGGAGAUCAAGAUGAUGGCGGGCUGGACUUCGACCUGGACGCUAUGGAGACGCCGUCAGACAGCGAGUCCCUCCGCUUCCCCACCGACGACCUGGAUCUGGAAGUGGAUGUGCAGGGGGGCAGCGUGUUGGCGUCCCCUCAUACCGGAUCCUUGCUGGACUCCGAGCAGGGCGGACUGGGAGCGCUCGAGCGUGAGGAUGUGGUGGACAACAAGGGCACCAGGUGGCGCGCUUUCACUGUGAACGAGCCCCCUCAGGAGAGACGCGUCAACAUGAGCGUCCUGGAGCCUUUCCUCAAGAUUCUGUCACAUGGAGGUUACUAUGGCGACGGGAUGAAUGACAUCAUUGUGAUUUCCUCCUGUUACUUGCCGGAGAACGGUCUGGAAAAUUACCAGUAUGUGAUGGACAACCUGUUCAGGUACUUGAUGGGAACGUUGGACCUGAUGGUAGCCGAAAACUAUGUGAUCGUUUAUCUUUGUGCUGGAGGACAGAAAGACAAAAUUCCCGGGAUCAGCUGGCUGAAGGAAUGUUACAACACCAUCGCAUGGAGGUUAAGGAAGAACCUAAAAGGCGUGUAUGUGGUUCAUCCUACCUGGUCCAUCAAAGCGCUCAUCACCAUCAUCAAACCCUUCAUCAGUUCAAAGUUCAGCAGGAAGCUUCAGUUUGUCAGCAGCCUGCAGGAUCUGGCCGCCUUAGUCCCCACAGAGCAUGUGCAGAUUCCAGACUGCGUCAGACUGUAUGACCACAGCUUAUCCAGCUGAGACAGCCAAGGCGAGAUGGUGGUCGUGCUCACAGAAUGUCACCUUAAUUAAGACAGUUUUGUGUUCGCAAAAUGUUAUAAAUAAAAGUGUCACAGCAGUAAA